GCGCGCACGGGAGCCGGAAGCGGAAGUGCGUGUGUGAUGGUAACCGGGGGUGAUGUGAGGUGAUGGCGGAGGGGGGAGCGCGAGGCUGCGCUCACUAUCAGCGGUUGUGUCUAUUGAAGGCUCCAUGCUGUGAGAAGUUUUACGUUUGCCGUUUGUGUCACGAUGACUUGGAAAAUCACGAGUUGGAUCGCUUCAAGGUCGCAGAGGUUCAGUGUGCAAAGUGUAAGACUGUUCAGCAGGUGCAAAGGUCUUGUGAGAGCUGUGCUACUGUGUUUGGAGACUACUACUGUAGCAUAUGUCACCUAUAUGAUAUAGACAAAAAACAGUAUCAUUGUUCAGCAUGUGGCAUUUGUAGGAUUGGACCGAAGGAAAUGUUUUUCCACUGUAGCAAAUGCAACUUCUGUCUUGCAAUUCAUCUUCGUGGAAACCACAAGUGUGUUGAAAACGUUUCACGACAAAACUGCCCAGUAUGUUUGGAGGAUAUACACACUUCUCGUAUUGAAGCACAAGUACUUCCUUGUGGCCACCUUCUUCACAAUACCUGCCGUCAAUUGUUGUUUAAUAAAGGAGCCUAUCGAUGUCCCCUAUGUAUGCAGUCUGCUGUUGACAUGACUAAAUAUUGGGAGGAACUUGACGCAGAAAUAGCCGAGACCCCAAUGCCGACCGAAUAUCACGGUAUGACUGUUCGGGUCUUGUGCAAUGAUUGCCACCACCACAGCAUUGCACCAUUUCACGUUUUGGGUAUGAAGUGCAUUGACUGUGGAUCUUACAACACUGCUCAGGAUGGAGGACUUGUGGCACCUCAACAACAAGAGCAACAGCAGUAACGAUCGAGCCAAUUCUGUAGAAAUCACGAUUAAACCUCUCGAGACUGAAGUACGAAGGUGUAGUUGACUAGUUUCGUUCGACAAGCUUUUCCUUUGUCAAUUUUACAAAUAGUGGUGUAACCAAGACAGAAUCUGACAUUAGUAAGAACAGAUUGAAUUCAAAUAAUUCAUUCUAGAGUUUCAGAAUUAUCAAGUAUAAGUGACAUGUGUCUGUAUGUUGGUGUGUGCUGUUUGAACAUCUCAGUCAUCUUUGCCCACAAAAUACACAGUUUAUCACCUUAUAGUAUAUCCUGUGAGGUGCUUUGAGAUGCCUCAACGACCUGAUAAUUUGCUAUAUCAAGGAUUAUCUUUGCUUCCACACUUUAGAAACAUCUUCCCCUGAUAAACCACGGUUACUUUUCAACAUGAGUAAAUGCAGAGAUUAUUAUUAUUAAUUUGGAACCGUCCACGUUUGCUAUUCUUGUGGCUUUAGGAAAUGUCAUGCUACCUCAGUAACUCAAAAUCACAUUGCGAUGCUUCCCACUUAUGGUAACCAAAUUAAUCUUAGUCUCUGUUCAAGCCCCUUCUGUCUGGUUUCUGCCUCGCCAAGCACCAAGAAAUUUAUCAUCAGAAUCACAAAUGAUGUCCUCUGUCUCUGUGACAAGAGCUGCCUUUGUCCUCCUGGACCUCUCUGUUGCUUUGACAGUUGAUAUGCAAUCCUCCUCUACCGCCUCUCCUAAUCAACCUCAAUUGGCCUGUACUAUCCUGGUUUAAGUCCUACUUGAUCCACCACCAUCACCAGGUCUCUGCAAAUGGGUUCUCUCACCUUUUUUGAGUCACCUGCGACGUACCACAAGGCUCUAUCCUUGGUCCCCUCCAUUCCUGAUUUUCAUGCUCCUUGGUGAUCUCAUCCGCAGACAUGGAAUCAAUUUCCACAUAUAUGCAGGUGACACACAAAUCUACUUUUCCUCCUCUAGCCACGACCCCAAGUCCACCAAUUUUCUGUUCUUUUGCUUGUCGAGACAUCAAAGUCUGGAUGAGCAGCAACUUUCUGCAGCUGAAUGUUGACAACCCUUGAUGCCCAUCAAUGUCUUAUAACCUGCAGCUCCAAUCUCCUUAAACUCCUGGCCUAUUCCUCAGACUCACUGAAUCUAUGCACAACCCAGACAUCAGGUUUGAUCCCCAUCUGGCCUUCCUUCCCCACAUCCCUGACCAGGACCAUAUUCCACCACCUUUACCAUAUUGCCCGCCUCCAAACAUAUCUUACACCCUUACCAGGUGAAGCGCUUAUCUAUGCAUUUAUCACCUGUAUUAUUCCAAUGCCCUCUUCUCCCAGCUCCAUCAUUCAUAAAAUUCAAUUAAUUCAACUCUGCUACUCGUAUCCUCGCCUGUACCAAACUCCACAUGCCCAUCACUCCUUGGCAGACUCCAUUUGCUCCCUAUAGCAGAAUGGAUCUAUUUCAAGAUGCUCUCAUUCAUGUACAAAUUAAAUUUGUUGUUGUUAUCCUUGGGGUCUGUACGGAGCAGUAUGCUGAGUUGGAGUUUGACCCAACAGGCUGUAGCAGAGACCCAUCUCCUUAGACCUUGGACAAGCUGGUGGGAAUUCCUGAGCCAAUGAAGGCCGAAAUGAUCCAGUCCCUUGAACAGAAAUGGGCUCAGCCCUUCCUUGCCUUAUAGCAGGGUAUGCAACAGGUGCAGACGGUAUUAAUGCCAAGUUCCUAAAGGCUGCUCUGAGGGCAGAUCAAUACCGGGAACCAUCAACUUGUCUUGGAGCUUUCUAAGUCUGUUCAACAGAAUUUGGUCUGAGGUAUAAAUACCGUCAGUGUGCCAGAAUGCAAGUGUGUUUUCUAUCCACAAUUAAGGUGGCCAUAGUAAAGCCAUGAGUUACUGGGAAAUCUCACUGAUUUCAGUGGAUCUAAAGUUGGUGCUUCAGGUAGUCACUAUGUCACGUGUUUAGGAUACAUUAGAGGUUUAAUCGGGAAGGAACAGACUGAUCCUAUUCUCACAAUCUGAGGGGCAGAUUGUGGGUUCAUAAUAACGUCUUUCUAUCUCAUCCCAGCUCAAAGCUCUUCACAGGAUUUACAGUAAAGUUUAGUGACUGUAUUUGUGGGUGAACGCGACAGCCAAUUAGCACACAGCAAUGUCCUUUGACGUGAAUGACAAAGCGAAUGAUUGUAUUUGGGAGAUUGUUGGCCAGGACAGGAGAAUUUUUGAAAAGCAAGGGAUCUUUGCCAUUGACCUGAACAGGCAGAGAGAGGGGACCUUGAUUUUGUGUCUCAUCCAAAGGACUGCACCUAGGGUAAUGCAGAGCUGUCCCAGCACUGUAUUGGAGUAUCACCUUCAAAGACUGUGAGUUCAAAGUCCUGAUGUGGGACCCAUAAAUAUCUGACUCAAAGUUGAAUGUGCUACCAACUGAGCCAGGCUGAUACUGUUGGGAAAGGUGUAGCACUAUUUUCUUUUGAUGAGUGUAAAAUACAAUUGGCAUAUUCAAAAGAUGUUUGCAGUUUUAUACUGAAGGAAAUGGGAGUUGAGGGUUGACUCAAAUUUUAUUCAGAGAACUGACAAGACAUCUUUAAUACUUAUACUAUAUUAAAAUUUAGAGAAUGUAAACGAAAUUGUUUUAUUUGUGUUAGAAUCUGUGCUUGUGAAUUAUCUGUAGUCUGGAUGGAGCGAGUUUGGUGUUUCUGUUGCUGCAUUCUUAUUUCUGUUUGAUUUCUGAUCAAUAAAUUCUGAUGAACUGUU